CUCUCUUUCUUCUUCUCUUCCAUAGCAGUUUGCAUGCAUAUCCAAAAUCCACAACUUAUUCCCUCUUUCAUCGCCAUUUUAUGCGCUAAAACCAUAAAAUUACAUCAACAUGCUUGACCUGACGUCCUGACCUGACCCACUUCUCCUUCCAUGGUUUCCCCGUUUCAAUCUUUAGUGCAGUUUGUUACAUAAGUUGUUAGGUCCACGUUGGUAACACAGAAUUUAGUUAGAUAUUGUUGAUUGAUAAUUGGAUUUUACUUAUUCAAUCGGGUUGUCCUUUAAUACAUUGAUACCCUUCCUAUUUUGUCCGUUUUGUUUGUUUUGUUUUGUUUUAAUUUGGUGCUUCCUUUUUUACAUGGUUUCUAAGAUAAAGAAACCAACAGUCCAAACUAUAUAGGAUCUCCAAGUUCUUCAUUCUCCAAUUUUCAAAUCAACUUGAAAUUUUAGCACCUUUUUUUGUCAGAACAGAGAUUUAGAUGAGGAAAGGCAGCUAGCAAUUAUUAUGGAUCUCUAGUCUAGGAUUUUAAAAAGAGAUCCAAAUAAUUUGAUAUAUUCAUUGUUUAAGUUUUCCAGAUUGAGUUAUAUAUCUGAAUCAAAUAGAGGUUAGAGAAAUAAUGAGUUGCUUUUCAUGUUUUUCAAGCCAUGAAAAGAAGACAGAAAAGAGGUCAAGGAGGAGUGAUCAUAAUAAUCAACACCAUAAAGCAGAAACGCCUCAUCAACCUCUCAAGGAAGUAGCCAAACAUCAUCAUCAUCAUCAUCAAAAUAAUAAUAAUUAUCAGAACAAGGCAAGGGGAGGCCAACAAACAGAAUCUAAAAUAUUAAACAAAGAAGGAAACAAAGACACAGGAAGCAAUAACAUUGCUGCACAAACGUUCACUUUUCGUGAAUUAGCUACUACUACAAAGAACUUCAGGCAGGAGUGCCUAAUUGGGGAAGGUGGAUUUGGUAGGGUUUAUAGAGGACGACUUGAAAAGACAAACCAAGAAGUAGCUGUAAAGCAACUUGACAGGAAUGGAUUGCAAGGGAACAGAGAGUUCCUUGUUGAAGUGUUAAUGUUGAGCUUGUUACACCAUGAGAAUCUGGUGAAUCUAAUUGGAUAUUGUGCUGAUGGAGAUCAAAGACUAUUAGUAUACGAGUACAUGCCAUUGGGAUCUCUUGAGGACCAUCUUCUCGAUCUUCUUCCACAACAAAAGCCACUAGAUUGGUUCAAAAGAAUGAAAAUAGCAUUACACGCCGCAAAAGGGUUAGAAUAUCUUCACGACAAAGCCAAUCCACCAGUGAUCUACCGUGACUUAAAAUCCUCAAAUAUUUUGCUGGAUAGGGAUUUCAAUGCAAAAUUAUCAGAUUUUGGACUCGCAAAGCUUGGACCAACAGGGGACAAGACUCAUGUGUCUUCAAGAGUGAUGGGAACUUAUGGAUACUGCGCUCCCGAGUAUCAAAGAACUGGGCAGCUUACAGUAAAAUCAGAUGUCUAUAGUUUCGGCGUUGUGUUGCUCGAAUUGAUCACCGGAAGGAGAGCCAUUGAUAAUACUAGACCAGCAAGGGAGCAAAAUCUAGUUGCCUGGGCAUAUCCAAUAUUCAAGGAACCAAGCAGAUACCCAGAACUAGCAGAUCCCUUUCUAGAAGGAAACUACCCAAUGAGAUCAUUACACCAAGCAGUUGCAGUAGCAGCCAUGUGCCUCAAUGAAGAACCAUCAGUGAGGCCAUUAAUCAGUGAUGUUGUAACUGCCCUCAGCUUCCUAGGAACAACCCCAGUAGGCCAGGAUGGGAAUAACAAUAUCAGAAUUGCACCCAUUGACAUGCCGUCACCGCCACUAGAGCGAGGAACAGACGUCGUUGGUGCCGCGGCGGGCAGUACGAUCACUUUUAACUUAAUGGAUGAUGAUAGCAUUGCUGAGCGACAAAGAGUUGUGGCUGAUGCCAUUGAAUGGGUUUCCAAUAACACAAGGAAAUAGGAACCAUACUGCUCUGAUCUAUCACCUUGCCGUGAAAGUGUGGAUCCUCUUUCUAAAUUGUAAUUGUAAUUAAUUCACACUAC